CUUGGAGCGCGACGAUUUGGUCUUAGGCAGCGGCCGAUGGCCGUUUCUGAUGAGGCCGUCAAUGGUCUCGAUCAGCGCGUUGACUGAAUGUUUACGUCUGCUACCUCCAAAAAUCUCCAUGUCCUUUACGCCCUCCACCUACCUUAUAACGCAGCGACUCAAUCUUGGUAUUUGAUUUUCAGUUCAGCCGGCGUUACUUUGUUUUCAUUGUAUUCCGCGGCCUACCAGGCACACAUUAUGUCGAGGUGUACGAAGCGCUUUCCGCCUGCAUCAUCACCUUUAACGAGGACCUCCGAUUCAAGACCUGAUUGACUGACUGACUAUUGCAAAAAACAAACCAAAACACAUGCAUGCAUUCUUGGACCCAAUGCAUUGUACGAGCUUAUCAUUCCGUUCAAGCGACCCUCACGGACCUUUGUGCUUUUAUUCUUUCUUCUUUACCUAUCCAUACAAAUUCUUGUUUGCUGUCAAAGUCGACCCCAAGGGAGGGUAUGACUACGACACAGCACAAGCUCAAUCAGUAAUGGGAUUCACGAUAUGUUUGUCUUGUCAUCACCAACUUCCUUUCUCACUGUCAUUGAUACUCGUUAUCUUUCUUAUCAUUUUAUCUAUUCAUGUACAAAUAUUCGGCUCUGCGGUGAUGACACGCGUUGAUACUUUUCCUUUCUCUUCCGAAUAAUGAAUGGAGUGUUGUUGGACCUGGUGCUUCGGCGGAACUAUUUGUCUUGUCUUUUUCUCUUAUACAUACAUACAUACACAUCCUUUGAUUGUCUCUCAUUACUACCUGUUCAUUAUUUUCCUUUUUGAUCUCAUAGAGGGGUAUACUAUGCCUAUGAUUGUUUCUUAUUUUACUUUCCUUCUGUUCCUGUCAAUACAUGAUGAAUACGACCUCGUUUUGACCUUUUCCUUGCUUCUCCAUUUAUCCGUAGCCUAUCACAAAUACACGUACUAUGACACAGGUAAAUUAUCAAUAAGUACACCAGACGAUGAUAAGUAUAUCUGAAUAACCCCUCCUAUACGAUUGUCAUAUCACUCAGAACAAAAAUUCAAAUAUAAUCUGCAUUCCACCUGAGCCAACUCAUCCCAACCACCAUCAAUACUAGUUAGAGAACAAAUCCCCAAGCUUUGUAUACAUACCUGUCAAUAUCUCCCUGAUAGUAGCGAAAUCUGAGUCUAAUUAUGGCAAACCCAUACGGACAAUUUAUUGAAGAUCGAUCGAUCGACUAAGUAGUUUAAUUACUAAAUAAAUAGUU